UGGCUUCCGGUUGCGGGGCCGCCACAUCCGGUGUCCGCCCGCCCUCGGCUCCGCCGCCUCCGAGAUGCUGUCCCGGACUCGCUGCGUGUCCCGGGCGUUCAGCCGCUCGCUCGCCGCCUUCCAGAAGGGGAACUGCCCUCUGGGGAGACGUUCCCUGCCUGGGGUCUCCUUAUGUCAGGGACCAAGUUACCCUGACAGCAGGAAGAUUGUCAUUGACAGUAGUAGCAUCUUCAGUGUUCGAUGCUUUAGAACUACAGCUGUGUGCAAGGAUGAUGUGAUUACAGUCAGUACCCCAGCAUUUGCGGAAUCUGUCACAGAGGGAGACGUCAGGUGGGAGAAAGCUGUUGGGGACACAGUUGCAGAAGAUGAAGUGGUUUGUGAAAUUGAAACAGAUAAGUUGUUCCAAUUGCUUUUCCAUGAAUCAUUUGGAAACGCAUUAGCUGAAUUUGUUUUAAGAUUUCCAACUGCUCCCACUAAGGCCAAGCCAGCUGAAGCUCCUCCUGCAGCCCCAAAAGUAGAGCCUGCAGUGUCAGCAGUUCCCCCUCCCUCUGCUGCCUCCAUACCUACUCAGAUGCCCCCUGUGCCCUCCCCCUCUCAGCCUCCUGCUAGCAAACCAGUCUCUGCAGUUAAACCCACAGCCGCACCUCCCCUAGCUGAUCCAGGAGCUGGCAGGGGUCUGCGUUCAGAACAUCGGGAAAAAAUGAACAGGAUGCGGCAGCGAAUUGCUCAGCGUCUGAAGGAGGCCCAAAAUACGUGUGCCAUGCUGACCACUUUCAAUGAGAUUGACAUGAGUAACAUCCAGGAAAUGAGAGCUCGGCACAAGGACGCUUUCCUAAAAAAACAUAACCUCAAACUGGGCUUCAUGUCUGCGUUUGUGAAGGCCUCGGCCUUUGCCUUGCAGGAGCAGCCGGUUGUAAAUGCAGUGAUUGAUGAUGCAACCAGAGAGAUCGUGUAUCGGGACUACAUUGACAUCAGCGUUGCGGUGGCCACUCCUCGGGGUCUGGUGGUUCCUGUCAUCAGGAAUGUGGAAACUAUGAAUUAUGCAGAUAUUGAACGAACCAUCAGUGAACUGGGAGAAAAGGCCCGAAAGAAUGAACUUGCUAUUGAAGAUAUGGAUGGUGGUACCUUCACUAUUAGCAACGGGGGCGUGUUUGGCUCGCUCUUCGGAACACCCAUCAUCAACCCUCCUCAGUCUGCCAUCCUUGGCAUGCACGCCAUUUUUGACAGGCCAGUGGCUGUGGGUGGCAAGGUGGAGGUGCGGCCUAUGAUGUUCGUGGCACUGACCUACGACCACCGGCUCAUUGAUGGCAGAGAGGCUGUGACUUUCCUCCGAAAAAUCAAGGCAGCAGUAGAGGAUCCCAGAGUCCUCCUCCUGGACAUUUAGGAGGAGGCCACACGCCCUACGAAUCAAUCGUGCAGGAACUGAAAGCCAGACUUCUCCCUGUCCCCCACGGGUCCCAGGCAGGCACCUCCUAUUGGCCGCAGGCAAGGAAGCCAGGGCACUGUGUAACCAGCAUCACAGAUCUUUUGUUAUCGCAGCCAGACUCUCACGCCCUUCUCUUGCCUUCAGAUACCUUCUCGCUUAGGCUUGAGAGAGAACUGUAGCGGAUGCUCAUUAAUAUUCUCGCUUUUCUUUUGUUAGCCCUCCGCAAAGAUGAUUUUGCCUCUCCCCACUACCAUGUACCAUAGUGAAACCACUGGGGACCAUGUGACAGUUUCCAUCUUUCCUGGCUGUGUACAUGCUCACCAGAUGCCACCUGUGUGGAGGUAUUGAAUGCAGGCAAAGAGCUGCUGCUUUGCUUCUUGAAUGGCAGCGUCAUCUCCAGUUGUCACUGACUUCAAGAUGCCUCUUCUACCUCUUCCAGGAAGCACAGGCCAGGGGAAUGCGGGUGGGGGCUAUGCUGGCGGGGGGUGGGGCAGAGUCCCCAUGAAGUCACCACAGUCAGAGAAGGGAGUGGAACCCAGGUCUGGCCACACACUCCCACCAGGAAACCUCACCUUGGUGUACUCACACGCAACCGUGGUCUUGCUGACCCUCACAGGCUGCCGGCAGCCACCCUAGUGCAUCCUUCUGCUGAGAGUGGACGCUGGCACCUAGAUGUUAGCACCUAGGGCAGUAGGACAGCACUUGGGAUGGGAGGCAUCCUCCGGCCAGCUCUGAUCACCUGGACCGAGAUGCCGCUCUCCCUCAUGUUGUGACUUCCCGUGCAGGACACAGGUUGGGAGGGUGGGAUGUGGCGGGCCCUGGCCUGGGGUGUCGGUGCCUGUGGUAAAGUGGGUCCGUGCAGUCAUUGAAAUUCCUUAGAGCAUGGUUAAAUACAAGUGUCUUGUGAAAGCUGCUGGGCUUCAUGGCUUUGUAUGUGCUACGCCAGGCCUGUGGCUGCUGCACCGGCCUGUGCCACUGGGAGCCCAGGCAAGGGCGGGAGGGGAGGGGCCGGUGCUGUGUGCCUGCCGCGUCACUGCUCUGUCCUCACCGUGCAAGGCUGGUAACAGAAAUAUUUAAAGAAACUGACUUUGAGUGAAAAUUAAAGGGCAAAUAUUCUCACACGGGG